AAUGAACACUAUUUUUCUAAUAACCUUGCUCUUAGCAUCAUGACUUGCUCAAGAGUUCACUAUUGAAUCCAGCUCACAGUGCCACGAAUGAGCAAACAAUAAUAUGAAAGUUUGUAAGGGUCCAUACGACCAUACAAAAAGAUAUUGUUGAGAUAUGGCUGAUUUGUCGUAUAAUUGAGGAAUAGCCAUGGAAGAUCAGUGAACCGAUCAAAUCACGGAUCAAGGCCCUUUCUUCGAUAAUGGCAAAGACUUCCUUCUUUGCGAUUCCUACAAUGAUUGUAAUGAUUCAGAGUAUUAUGCAGAGGCCGAUUCAUGGUACUCCUUUUACAAAGAGUCUUUCGAACUAGGCAAAGCUUGCAUUAUUAGACUCUGGAACAAAGGAGAUAAAAGCUCUAAAAUAAAAGUUCAAGAAAUUGAUAUAUUUCAUGCUGAGGUUUUCUUGUACUCCUACGACCCAUCUCUAGAAAAGCCAUACAAAUUUGAAGGACUAUUAGAUGCUUACAGACACGAAGAUGAAUUUAUCCACGCUCCAGAAAAUCAAACUCUACAUUUAGUUGUUGUCCCUGAAGCUUCAAACAGCAGAUUUGGAAUGACGUAUAAGUCAAUUAAAGAUGAGGCAACACCAAUGCCGAUCUUAGCAAUUGUUGGAAUUAUUAUAGGAAGCAUCUUUCUGUUAACAUUACUCACUUUAUGCUGUUGUUACAUUGUCAGAAGGAAGAGGAAUUAUUCACAUACUGAAGCCCAAUACAGUAGCCCUAGAGCUCAUUUGGAUCUCACUCCAGACUCUGAAUACACUUCCAUUCAGUCGGAUCCUAAUAUCAGAUCAAACAUGCAUACUUUUCAGCAGCACUCAAGCGAUAUUUAUGAUCAUUCUGAUUAUCCUUCUAAGGCUAAAAACACCAAAAAUAUUUCAUACCCAAAAUAUCACGCAAUCAACGAUGAGUCAGAGUCCUUGAUUGAUCAGACAGCCUCUUCUGAGUAAACCCUAACUCUUCAUAACAAAUUG